AGAUGACAACAAAAAUACCAGCUUGAAAACUUGGGAUAAAAAUGACUUUAGACCUCAAUGUAAAACAACAAAACUAGUGACAAAUGAUGGAAAAAAUUCUUUUCCCGUGAAUUUGGGAACUCAGAUACCACAGAAACAAUUAAGGGUAUCUGAAACUCCUGAUUUAUCUUAUCACAGAGAAACUGAGGUUCUCAGACAAAUGUGUUCAUCAAAAGUUUCUGGCUCCACAGUAAAAGGCCCAGAUAAAAACAGUGCAUUACAGACAUUUAAGCCCAAUUUUCAACAAAAUCAAUUUAAGAAAAAAAUGUUGGAUGAUAUUCCAGAAGAAAACACUCUGAAGGAAGCCUCAUGUCGGUUACAGUUUAAGGAAAAAAAUAAUUCUCUAAGAAUUAUUUCUGCAGUUAUUGAAAGCAUGAAGUAUUGGUGUGAACAUGCACAGAAAACUGUACUUCUUUUUGAGGUGUUGGCUGUACUCGAUUCGGCUGUUACAUCUGGCCCAUAUUAUUCAAAGAAUUUUCUUAUGAGAGAUGGGAAAAAUACUCUGCCUUGUGUAUUUUAUGAAAUCGAUCGUGAACUUCCAAGACUGAUUAGAGGCCGAGUUCAUAGGUGUAUUGGAAACUAUGACCAGAAAAAGAACAUUUUCAAAUGUGUUUCUGUCAGACCAGCAUCAGUUUCUGAACAAAAAACUUUCCAGACAUUUGUUAAAAUUGUAGAUGCUGAGAUGAGUUAUUAUACUAAAGUAAUGAAUGAAAUUUAG